AUGUCAGAUAUUGCAACCGAUGAGAAAAGACGGCGGCAAAACAGGGAAUCGCAACGGCGAUACCGGAAAAGACAAAAAUGGAAGCCAAAGGACUGUGUUUUUGACAGUUUGCCAUCGUACCAACCGAUGCUGCCUUUAGAUCAACAGAGUUGGACUACACCUAGCUCGUCAGCAACUGCGCCAUGGAACGAUAUUCCCAAUGUCGGUUGUGAAGAGUCUGAAUUACAAAAAUCUCAUUUAACCGAGUGUGGAGGAGAUAUCUUCCGGAAUCCGCGUGAAGAAAAAGGAAAGCAGCAUUACGGCAGCAGUGAGGCGACAAUGAUCAACUAUCAUGAUCAGACCCCUUCUUAUACCAGCAUGUAUGAAAUAUCACCAAUACCUGUAGCAGGGCCUUUGCCGGUACCCAUACGAAUAGCAAUGGCCGAGCACGCGACUAUGAAUCCCCCUCGUACGCUUCGACCAAACAAGGAUUCGGAGCCUCAACCACAAAACGUUCACAUUUUACGUGACUCGUCAAUGUCCAAGCCCGUACAUAUAUCAAGCUCGGUUUCACAUCCAUUUUCAACAGAAGAGCAUAACAGUGAACAAAGCACCUGGAUGACUCCUCCGCCGUCCAUACGAACUAGGAAGUCAUCUAGGAGUAAAGGCUCGAUAGACUCCAAGUAUCAGUAUCUUCAGUUAUCUCACUGUCAAUCCGGACAACGUGACCAAAAAGGAGCACGCAGUCAAUCCGACGAUCCUUCUCUUUCCAGACCGGGUAUACCGCGAGUCAGUUCCAGAGCAGUCGAAAUGAUCACAGAUGUCGAGAAACUAUACAAAUUCGGCGUUAAUAUAGGAAUUCUUCCCGAGGAUAAAGAAACACAACUUUCUCUAAGACGAAUGAAGCGUCGCUUUAUUUCUUUUCUGCCUCAACCUUAUAUUUCCGAGUCGGAAAGCUCGAGAGAUGAAUUUUCAGAAGGAGAUGGUGAUGAUAGGUAG